AAUAGAAAAUAAUAAUAAUAAUUUACUAAUAGUAUAUACUAAGUGUAUGCAAAUGCUCUCGGUUGCCACACGCAUUUAACUGCAGGGAGACUGAAAGCAACGGCUGUAUAACAGCCCAGAGACUCUAAGAUUGCUAGACUGACUAUAUAUAAAGACAUGCGUGCAUGCAUGGCUUGUAUUCCUCGAUUCAGAAUUUGUGGGUUCCAUAACCCAGUUCUUGGAAUAUUUCUGUUCAUAUUGCUGCGUCAGAGCGAAAGCUUGGACUUCUGCUUCAAUGCCACUCUUGAAGGCUUCCGACUGAACAGUUCAAUUUUGAAGGAGACAAACGUUUCAAGCCAAAUUCAGUGCUUAUUAUCGUGCGUACAAGAGCCAUGUUGUAGAUCUGUGAACUACAGGGAAAUAUUGGAACAAGAUGAGACAGGUCUUUGCGAAAUGUUACACGAUGUGAUCUAUAACACUUCUGCAGAGCUGCAAAAGAAUUUUUCUUAUGAUCACGUCUACUUGACUCCUCAAAAGGAAUAUAAUGGAAGCUGUGUCAAUGACAGAGGAGAUUUUGAUGUGGAUUUUCGAAGCGUUCAAGAGUUUACUUUACUUCACAACGAUGUCCCAAAGAUGCCUCACUUGACAGUUAAGUUCUGGAUCAAAACAUUAAACGCAGACAAAAUGGUUCUUUUAUUCUACCGAGUGAAUAAAAGCGUCGACGAAUUUCGACUCAUCGUUGAACGGGAAUUGAUUAUCCUUCAAGUUCGAUCAUUGGAAAUGCAUUUUCCUGUCCCGCCAAUCAAUGACGGCCAUUGGCAUCAUGUGGGAGCAUCGUGGUCUCUUGGAGAAUACGCCAUUUUUCUUGACGGUACAUUGGUCUACACUGGAGAUGGUUUUGGUUGGGGGGAACCAUUGAAAGCUGGGGGUGUCUUCGUCAUAGGUCAGAAACUGAAAAGGGCAGACGAGACUUCCGAGGGUUCGUUCUCUGGCAAACUGAGUCAAUUAAAUGUCUGGAGUGAAUUUCUAACUGUUUCUCCUGAUGAUGUCGAAAUGAAAACCCCAAACCAAAGUUGCUCUAGUAAUCCAUCAGGAAAUGUUUUCAGUUGGAAUUCUCUUGAGGAUACUCAGAGUGAUAAAGUAGUCAAGGAACAGCCAAGUUCGUGUAAGCCGCUUCGAAAAAAUCCGAAGUAUGACAUUGUUACGACAUCUUCACAAACCAAUCAAUACCUCCAUACCGUACCAUCACAAAUAGAAUUCGAGGCUUUCACUUUAACAUCAUGGAUCAAAUUCGAGAACACGCCAAUGGAACUGGACACAGAACCCCUGAAAUUUGUUGAUUACACCAGUGCUUCAGGAACCUGCUUGCUCUCAUUUUAUCUCACCGCAGAAAAUCUCACCUUGGAGAUACAUGGAGAUGGUCAUAAAAAAAGAGAAGCAAGGGUUCCAAGCUUUUGGAAUGAAUUUCCAGCAUAUUGGCAUCAUAUUGGUACCACGUGGUCGAGUGAAUCAGGCCACUGGAAGAUAUAUCUGGAUGGUUCAUUGGUCUCCAUCAUGCAUGGUGUAGCUUCAAAUAUGAUCAUUCCUGCAGGAGAAAAAAUGUUCUUGCAUUUAAAUGGAUACAAGCACAACAGCUCUCGAAGUAGACUCAAUAUAUGGAAUUAUGAAAUUGAUGGACAUGUUUUAUCGUUAAUGGCAAACCAAGGACCAUUGUUUGAAAACGGAAACGUCUUCGCGUGGUUUGGAAUAAAGUCAAAGGUUGCAGAAGAUGUUAAAUUCCAAGAGACACCGAAUGACUUAUACAACUCUCGAGCAGAAUCUGUGUAUCAGAUGGAUUUCCCUCAAGCUUCGGUCGAAAACUACGUCAAAAUAGAAAACGCCAUUCGCGACAAAAUCACCGUCUUUUCUCUGUGUUUUUGGGCGAAAAUUUCAAGGAAUUACUCGAGCAUAUUCGCGUAUUCAAGUCGGCAAUAUCACACUGAAAUUGGAGUUUUUUUGUAUGAAAACUUGGCGUUAGAGCUUACCAUAAAAAAUAUAUGGUCACGCGACGGACCUACGAUCUCUGCCUACGAGUCGUGGCAUUUCUAUUGCCUACAGUGGAGAAACAGUGAUGGUUUAAUCGAGGUUUACGAAGAUGGGAUUAAGCUAGGAACGAAACACGAAGCGGAAGGUUACACUAUACCCUCCAACGGUAUAGUAGUUAUUGGUCAGGAAUGUGAUUCUUAUGGGGGAGGUUUUAGCAGCAAGGAGGCGUUCCAAGGAAGCCUUGCAAGUUUGAAUCUUUGGAGGAAAUUUUUGACAGUAAAUGUUAUACAAGGAAUGGCAUCUGGGGUGAUCAAUGUUAACGGAGAUCUCUUUCAAUGGAGAAAUUUAAGAAAUCAUGUGUUCGGUCAUGUGAACAUACGGAAUAGAUCUGAAGCAGAGAUUCCAGAAUAUCGAGUACAGAUUCUGCGAAAUGAAUGGUGUGGAAAUGACGUCCACGAAGCGUUUACUUAUGCGAGAUUUAUUCGCGGCAAGUACACAGAUGGCUACACGUGGAGGUGCGUUACGCCAGCGGCCAUGCUGGAUGAAAACAUGUGCUAUGACAUCACAAAGAAGUCAACCUCGUACUAUACUAGAGACAAGAAAGAAAAACUUUUAGGAAUCAAUUAAAACAUAUUUCCUGAAGUUAAUAAUGAAAUCAGUAAGAAAGAUGGACUAUAGCGGAGACUAUUUGGGUGUUGUAACAAGUUAGGCUCUUCAUUACUGAUUGUUUAAAAUUUAUAUCAAAAUGCACCAGAUAAAUUAUAAAUUAAAUGCUCACAAGCUUUUAAGAGUACCAGGGACAACAUGCAUGCGACUAUUUAGACUUAGACUAAGCCACAGAGUGAGUAAUAGAUAUUAGCCUUAGCACUAAAAAGUGGGUACAUUACUCCAGCUAGUUCGAUCUAUCCUUUUUUUACUGCAUGUAUGUGACCAAACGAAAAUAUAACAGUUCUUGGACAGGAAUCAAACGUACGUUGUCUUUAUUUUUGGGACUUCCCAACCAGCGCUUUGAUUAAUAGGGUCAGAGACCUUAAGAGUGUAAAAGAGCAACGCGGGUAAAAACUCAUUCAAUGGUUUAGACUUGUUAGUUGUAGCAUAUUUUUAUGAAUCAUAUGAUGUACAAGACGCUAAAAACCUUGAGUUUAUACUUUCUAUAUAUGGAGCACAUUAUAAAGUAUCA